AUGUGUGAUUUAGGAUUAAGUAAAUCUGCUACAGUAGCUGACGAUAGUGAAAUUUAUGGGAUCAUUCCUUAUGUGGCACCAGAGGUUCUUCAAGGGCAAAAAUACACUGAAAAAUCAGAUAUUUAUAGUUUUGGUAUGAUUAUGUGGGAAUAUAUGACAGGCAGAAGACCUUUUUGGGAUCGUGCUCAUGAUACUGAGCUGAUUAUUGAUAUUUGUGAUGGUUUACGUCCUCCAAUAAGUAAUAUUAACGCACCUGAGGGUUAUAUUGAGCUAAUGAAAGAAUGUUGGGACCCUGAUCAAAGUAAAAGGCCAACUAGUAAAAUAUUCGGGCCAGCUAGUGGCAUUUCUAAAAGAAUCAAUAGAAUUAGAAAGCUUGAAACUGAACAAUUAUUAGCCAAGAAAGACAAAUCCGAUCCGAAUUGGGUCGAUCGACCAAAAAUUAUUUGUGAUAUUCAAGAUAUUAUUUUCGUGAAUUCAAAAGUCAUAAAAAGUUUUGUUUGA